UGAGUCUUUCAGCAGUAACACAGAGGAGUCAAUAUGGAGCGGAAACUGGAUUUGACUCGUUUAUCGGACGAAGAAGCCAAACAUGUGUGGGACGUGAUUCAACGAGACUUUAACCUGCGCAAGAACGAAGAAGAUCGACUAGGGAAGCUGAAGGACUCCAUUGACAAGGAGGACACAAAACGAGAGCUGCUGGGCUCCCAGAACCAACUGGCCGACUCGUUGUGCAUUCGCUGCCUGCAGCCCUUUAAGUUCCUAGUCAACAGCAAGCGUCAGUGCCUGGACUGCCGCUCGUUCAUCUGCAAGUCGUGUAGCCGCUACAACAAGAAGGAGCACGGCUGGGUGUGCGACAACUGCCGCAUGACCAGAGUCCUGAAGAUCGGCACCCUGGGGUGGUACCACGACAACGUCCGUAAUCGCUUUAAGCGCUUCGGCAGCGCCAAGGUGAUGAGAUCACUUUACAAAAGGCUGAACGGAGAAGGUGGGCGUGAUGAUGACACUCAGAGCAUGCCAGAUGUCCGCAGCCAAGUUUAUGCAAAUGACGACGACCACGGAGAAGUUGAGGCGCAGCGAUACAAAUCGAUGCGUAAAAAUAAACGCCUGCUGUCGGUUCAUCCUUUUGACUUUGACUCGGAGGAAUACUUCCCUUAUUCAAGACGGCAAUCUGUGCAGCAAAUUCAGGAGGAUGCAGAAUAUGACAUGCACCUUCAGCGAAUGCAUCGCAGGAAAAGUCUGGAUCGAUACGCAAUGAGAAAUGAUGAUUAUGGUGAGAACCGCAUGGUUCGGACUCGUUCCCUGUCCAAGAUUAGCUCCAUGGCUCGCCAGCAGUACAUCGACACAUCUGAUGAAGAGGAGUACGGCAGAUUUCCACCCGUUUACCAGCCACCACAACCCUUUCGUCGCCGCAACAGCCGGGCUUCGUCUCAGGAGAACCUAGGUCAAGCCCCGCCAAUAAACGAGUUAAGCAAACGUAUGUCCGCCAUCGAAAGCCUGCUGAAUCGUUUGGAGGAGAAGAUAACGCCUGAUAAGGCAUCAGGGCCGGCGGGUAACGAGGAAGAGAAGCUAAGGAAGAAGUUGAACGAGCUGGCAGGACAUCUAAGCGGCAAACGCUUGUCAUCAGAUGACGAAGCUGACAAGAAGAAAAGCUCCAGUGGCGUCAAAGGAGCGGCUGCACCGGACGCUAUGAAGCAUCUGAGCUCGUCCAGCGAAGACAUCCCAAGUGAAGCUCAGAAGGUGUACAUGGCAGCCGGGCAGUCAUUCGAACUGGAAAGCAAGUUGAUGCGACUGGAACAAAGUGCUACAAAUUGUUUUGGCGGGGCGACGGACUCUGAGCUUUCAGAGCUUGAGGACGUGGUGGCCCUAACUGCUGCCCGGGUGCAGAGUGCUGAAAGCGAGGUUUCUGAUAUCGAGAGUAAGAUCGCAGCUUUGAAUGCUGCAGGUUCCAAGAAAAAGGUUUCUUCAUCUCAAAGAAAGAAGUAUACUCUCGAGCAUGCUACCAAAUCUGCAAACGGAGCUGCAUGGAAAUCCAACAUUUCUUGAAGUUUCUGCCAAUCACUUUGGUUUGAAAGGGUUUUAAAAAGGGGUGUACAAAAGUUAGCUUUUUUUUGGUCCACUGCUCAUUCUAGAAAUAAAAUGUGAAACACAACAACAAAAAUAGUAAUAGGAUUGGUAGGAGGAUUGGGACCUCGCUGAAAACAAAAGUAAAAUAUUUAAAUGUUAUAGUAAAAAGUAAAGACACUAAAACAACUGUCAGUGAAAACACAAAGCUGACAUGUUUUUUUCUUGACCCACAUUACAGUUUUGAUAACAAGACAUUUUUCCUUGGUGUAAAAAGUUAAGACACUCCUGUUUGAAACCUUUUCUUUUUUUUUCUCUUAAAGGCUUCAGAAUGAAAAACAAAGAUGGCCAUUCUGUGAAUUAACUUCAGUAGAAGUUUAUUGUUGCAUAUAUAGUGUUUGACAUUGAAUACAUAAAAUAAAAUCAUUGUUAAUAACAAGAAGGACUCUACGGUAUACCAAACAAUAAUAAGUUUACAUGCAGUGUGUAAAAAACACAUACAACUUUAUUUUGUUUACUGUCUGAAAUUGAACCGGAUUAAACUUCUCUUUUAGGUCUGCUAGGAUUACCAUAAUUAUUUUUCCUUUGCCAAUAACUGCAAUUAAUAGAGAUACAAUAUCAAAAGUAUUUUUGUAAGUCACACAUGUACGAAAAUAGCUUUAGUAUUUUAUAAAUCAAAUCAAAUCAAAUCAACUUUAUUUAUAGCAUGAACUUUAAACUGUAUGACUUGGGGUAAGGGUUAAAAAGUAUUUCCCCAAUGUUCUCACAGUAUAAGUUCUGCAACAUUCCUCUUGACAGAAGUGGCAUAGCUGUGUUAGCUUUUUAGGCCCACAAAUAUCAUAUGGUAAAUAAGAUCAGAGCACUGUGAUGGUUACUCCAAUAGGUUGACAUUGUUGUCUUUUAGAUAUCAUGGGCCUCAUCUGCUAAGGAUUCGCGUGUAUUAGAACAAUGCAAACUUGAUAGCACACGCAAAGCCGGUCUACUCGGCCUGUGUAUAGUGGAUUGGGUCUGCUAAAUGAGCAAAAAAACUUACGCAGUCUAUUGUUUGCUUUCAUGCAUAAGCAGAAUAUAUGCAGUUUAUCAGAACAGGAGAAGAUACAAAUGUAAUUAUUUAGCAGCCGAAUGUGAUUUUGACAAACUUGAAAUUGUUUGCGGCUCCUGUUUUUGUGUCUAUAUUUAGUACUUUUGAAAGAUACCUGAAAACUGGCACAGUUACGCACAAAUGAACGCAGUCAUUGUGGCGAGAAAGAGGCUAUGACAGAUGACAUAGAGAGAAUCCUCCGUGUGCAUGUCAACAUUUUUAGAAUGUAAAGAAUAAAAAUACUAGACAUAUCUUCUAUGUGUAAUCAUUGUCUGCAUGGGCUUUCCCUAAUCCUAACCUACUGUAUGAUGAUUCCAAUACAUUUAACAAACUUGCUUGUGACCUAAAUGAUAUUUAUUUAAUAUGCUUUGGUAUACAUUUUGUGAAAAUUUUGCUCCAAAGUCACAUUUCAUACUCGUCUGCAUCGGUUGGUGCAAAUGAACAACUUCACAACCCACCCUUUUCAAAAGUAUCAGUAUAUUUUUGAACAUGCACACUGUUGAAGUAUAUAUCUUCAAUAUGAACAUCAUCAUCAUUUUUUUUUCAGACACGGUUGAAAACAAACUUAAUUCACAGUAUAGAUUCACCGGUCACAACAUUAGGUACACCUUCUGUGGCUCACAAAGUUGCAAUAAAAAAAGCAGCAUUCAUCAGCAUGCCGCACAUUGGAGAUAUUGUGCAUAUGCCACAAUAUAUUAAAAUAAUACAUUAUCCCACGUUUUUUCUUGUGUUUCCUCAAACCAAGUAAUAAAGCCGCAAUAAACAGAUUUAUUUAUUUUAUAGACAUCAGAGCAGGCGGGACGGCAUUAGACAAGAAAGAAUAUCACAGGAGGUAGUCGGCAGAAAGUCUCAGCAUAGCAAAGGGGGAGGAGGCUGGUAAAGAGCAAAUACUCGGGUGCCCACAUAAGUAGGUCCGUCAAUCAGUGACGACACAAAUGGACCACUGUUUCAAAAAACCCCCCUGCAAAACACAGCUUUCAGAGGCAUCCAAAGCUGCAUGCAAGCUUAUGCAUGAAUCUUAUGAUUUGACGCUUUGGCAUUGUUUUUUAAGCAUGCAUGGACCAAAUGUCUAAAAAAGGGUUAAUGUGCCUUUAAAUCAUAUUCACAAAUAUAAUAAAGGUUUAAAAAAUCA